AUGGUGUCUGUUUUCGCAGUUAAUUUGACUGCUAUUUCUGGGUUAGUGUGCCUGACUAGUACAGCUGUGUCGUCCGUGAGUGUCAGUAUUUUGCUAUUGGUAGUUGUUGGCAAUGCAGAGUACUUUCGAAAAUACGCCGAGAGUAUUCCUGAUGGUGAAACGAGCGUUGCUUCAUCGAACGCAGCUAAAGAAAACAACAUCUAUGUAGUUGGUGGUACGAUGCCUGAAAUAGAGGGCGAUAAAUUGUACAAUACCUGUACUAUUUGGGGUCCCGAUGGAACUUUGAUAGCAAAACACCGAAAGGUACAUCUAUUCGACAUCGACAUUCCUAAUAAGAUUACUUUUCGAGAGAGUGAUUCACUCAGUCCUGGUAACUCCCUAACGACGUUCGACGUGAAGGGCUGCAAAAUAGGUAUUGGCAUUUGCUAUGAUAUUAGAUUCGAGGAAAUGGCACGCAUUUAUCGGAACAAAGGUUGCCAAAUGCUGAUAUAUCCAGCGGCAUUCAAUAUGACCACUGGACCACUGCACUGGUCAUUACUUCAGCGUUCCAGAGCGAAUGAUAAUCAAUUAUACGUUGCCUGCAUAUCACCGGCUCGUGUUUCUUCAGCAAGUUACGUCGCAUGGGGGCAUACACAGUUGACCAAUCCCUGGGGAAAGAUUCUUUACGAUUUGGAAACUCAAGAGAAUAUGGCAGUCACCGAUAUCGAUCUAAAAGUUGUUGAGGAAGUAAGGGCUCAGAUACCUACAUUUUCUCAGAGACGUACAGAUUUGUACGACACUGUCUGUAAGAAGGAGUAACUCUACACUAAAACAGAAAAUGUUUUUUUAUAAUAUUUCUACUACAAUA